UUUCAGCUCAAUGAAACUGAUGAGGGAUACGGUACCUACAUAUAUGCAUUUAGUUUUGUAUUUUCUUUUACUGAGAAUAGCUUUUAUUCCGAUGAAAUCGUACCUACUACAAUGACAGAAUUUUAUAUUUGCUGCUUAUUUGCCAUCAUUUGUUAUAUAAGCAAACAUUUUCUACUAACACCAAAAUUCUUUGCUGAAGCUUUGCUAAGACUUCGUUGGAUUUGUACCCGAUAUCCAGUCACACAAAAAAUUAUUGAAGAGACUAAGAGAAGAAAUGCAUCGAAAAAUGCUCAUAAAAAAGUUGAAGAAUAUUAUGUUACAAUGUGGAGAAAGCAAAAAGGAAUUCAUAAAAUGCCUAGUAUUUAUAAACAAGAAAUGCCACGAUAUUUAAGACUAGAAAUUAAACAAGAUUUACUUUGGCCAAUAUUUUAUCACAGUCCUACCUUACGGAAGACAUCCUUAGCUAUGCGGCGAUGGCUGAGUGACUUUAUAAUCAUAUCAUAUAAGAUGCCAGGGGAAAGAUUUUUUACAGGUGCUGAUGCUUCGGGUACUUUGUAUUACUUAAAGUCAGGCAUAGUUGAGCUCCUGUCAACAGAUGACGGAACUACCCCGAUACUGUCUGUAACCAGUGGUACAAUAUUCGGAGACACUAAUUUCUAUACACCUAAUAACAAUAGAAAAGUAAUUACACGAUGCUUAACAUUUUGUGAAAUAUAUUAUGUGAAACGAAGUCUUUUUAUAACAGCACUACAUAGAUACCCUUCAGAUCGAAAUGUUAUCAUGCGGACAACUCGUGCUCGCCUUGAACAUGCAAAAAAGCUGUAUUCUUGUAAAGCCUUGAUAAGGGGCAUCGAUAGAAAUGAAGACGAAGGUAUUGCAUGGAUCAAAAGGCGUUGGUGGGAAAUACACGAUGUGGUUCAAAAGUGGUCCAGACAAAGCGGGAAGACUAAAGAGCAGGUCAGAUGUGAUUUGCCUCGAGAAGAAUCUAUAUACCACUGCGCCAAAUAUAUCGGACAACUGGUGCUGUGCGCCCCGUCAGAGCUUCAGACACAAUCCAUGUUCACUAGAUACUCGUUCCCGUGGAUAUUAAAUCCGAUCUCUAAUUUUGGUCACGCGUGGUAUAGAAUUGUGGCAAUCACUGUGCUAUUGGUCUUGUGUACAUUUCCAACGAAUCUAGUUAAAGCUGAGUUGCCCGUGUGGUUUGUUUAUUUCACAUUUUAUUCAGACACCGUUUAUAUUCUAGAUAUAGGGGUGUCUCUUUGCACCGCCGUAGAUAAACUAGAAAUGUCUACAGACAGUUUUGCAACAGUAAUGUUUGAACGAUUCAAGACUUUUACUUUUCUGCUUGAUGUAAUCUCAACGCUUUGGUUUGAAGAUAUAUUCUCUAUAGCUGGAACAUCUGAAGCAAUGUACAAUACUCUCCAGUUCAACCGAUUGCUAAAAUGUUACGUCCUAUUUCGAGGUGUUUAUUUGAAUUGGGAUUUAAUAAUUAAAAAUCCGUUCGUGGAUUUAUGCCGAAAACUUAUACUAACCUAUUUCACAAUUCAAAUGAUGUGCAGCCACGUAAUUUUGGAUAUGACAAACUACAUGACGUUAAAUAUGAGGUAUUUUUUCGGAGAAAUAAUGUGUAUUAGGACAGUAAAAUCUGACUGUCGCGAAAUUCACCCUGUGGUCGGAGUCCUUGUUGCAUGGGAAUUCGAAUGGGUGUUCUGUGAAUUCUCUCCGGAAAAUCUUCCAGAUAUGUAUGUGGGAAUGUUUGUCACCUUUAUGAAUUUUGUUUUAUUCAUUUUCAAUAAGGGAAAUUUUGUAUCGUACAUGUAUUUAAAAUAUAGAUCCGCCAAGAACUAUCAGAUAUUUGUUUCAAAUCUGAAGAAAUUUUACGAACAUUAUAAAAUACAUUUAGACUUGUUGAAGAGACUUGACAGAUAUUUCAUAUGUCAUUGGAAGUACUACCAGGGCGCGGACGUGAUGUUCUCGAACUCUUUAGAACACGAACCGACGGAGGUGUACUGGAAGGCGCAAGGCGAGGUGGCUCAGACAGUGAUCGGGGAGUCGGGUGCAUUCACGCACGCUGACCCCGCGCUCAUCAGGGAGUUAGCUUGCGAAGCUAAGUUUUUGGUGCUGCCGAAACUCACAAACUUAGUCAUGUUUGGAAUUCCAUGUAAGAAUGUUACUUGGAUUGUGCAGGGUUAUGUAAAAUCGGAGCAUUAUGAUGAGACUGGCGAACUGCUAAUUACGUAUUAUGGUCCCGGCAACAUGCUGGCUAUUAGUUCAGUGUUCUUCGGCCGAGUGUCGCUAAGCACCUAUAGUACAUACACUGAUUGCGAGGUACGUUAUCAACAUAAACUUAGGGACAGGAUUUAUAGCACAAGGAUGUCUAUGGUGGCGACUUCAAAAGUAAUGCCGGAUAUACAAGAACAGCGUUCGUUACCCUUUGAAGGGGAACUCUGGGGAGAUCCGGAAUCUAGCUGCGAUGGGCCGGGCAUGUCUCACGGUCUUCUGAAAAAGGGUAGCAAACCGCAUCCUCAACUCAAAAACUGCAAAAUGGCAAACGUAAGCAGGGUGGCGCCUGCGGUACAAAGACGUGCUUAA